AUGUCCGACGUUCAGAAAGAGACAUGCUCGUCUCUGUCGACGGCCCUCGCAAGCCCUACGCCACCCUCGCCACCCUUACCCCUCCCAUCCCUCCGAAAGGACCUCAUCUCCCUCCUCUCGCUGAUCUAUUCCGAUGCCACAAAGCUAUCAAUAGCGCUCAAGCCACCUAAGCCUACGUACUCCGCAGGAAUAUCUACCACAAAGGAGUUCACAACACAUAUAUCUACGCUCGGCUCUAACGCCGCCUCGUUCGAUCCGAACGUCCACGGACGAACACUGACCGAGGAAGUCCACCGUCUUGCUUUAUCCGUCCUCGAUGCAGUACGGGAACUGGCUCAUGCACACCGGAAUUUACUCCAGGAGGGAGGAAGUAAGGGUAUGACGGGUGCCGCGGGCGAAGAUUAUCUCGUCAAGACGGCAGCCAUACAUGAUAUUGUCUCUCGUGCAAAAUCGGAUUCACCUUCGGGAUUGUCUCAGGAUAACAUUCAGGCUGUUCGGAAACGAUGGAAUGCUCAUGGGGAGACUCUGAACGACGCUGUCGAAGAGUUGGAUGAAUUUAUUAAGAGUGCGGAGGAAGACGGUGAUGAGGAUGAGGACGAUGACGAGGAGCAGGGCGGAGAUGGAGACGACAACGACGGCUGGGCGGAAGCAGGUUUUGAUUUCGGGUCCAGCAAUAAAAAGAAAUCUCCCGAACAAAUCCAACUCGCUCAAACACUCCGUCCCCUCAUCCACCACAUCUCAAAAGUCUGUGCCUACGCCGGAAAAACCAUGCUCAUUUCCCCCUCCUCUACGCCCUCACAAAAUCCCGGUCCACCCCCCAAUCCCUCCCCGUCCUCCCUCGACGCCCUCCUCAGCACCGCCUCAGCCCUGACCAUCUCCUCCGACGAACUCGUCUCCCGAAUAGAAGAUCCCUCAGACUUAAUCGAAGCACGGAACGAAUUCGCAGACGCGAUAGAUGAGCUAGCUAAGGCUGUGGACGGAUUGUGGGUGGAUGCGGGUGCGGGUGCGGGUGAGGAGGGGAAAGUCGAUGACGAGCAGAAGGGGAAGGAAGGGAAGCGGAAGGGGAGUAGGAUUUGGUUCGGGUUGCAUUUUGCGAAUGUGAGGGAUAGGGUGCGGAAGGUCGAGUAUUCGAAGCCGAACGAAGGAGGAGAGUGA